AGGGGGCUGAGAGGGGUGAGGGAGAGCGGGUCGAGGGUUCUCAGGGAGCUGAGGGGCAGCAGGGUCCGCUGGUGGCCGGGGCCAGCUCGGGUGGGCUCGCAGCUCGGCCCUGGGGCGAGACCCACAGCGCCAGCUCGCCCUGGGGGCUCUGAGGAGGCCGGGCAGAGCCAGGGGUGAGAGGAGGAAUAAAGGCGUCUCCUGAGAGGGAUUAGGGAAACAGCAGGGUUGUAGACAGGUGCCUGGAGGGUGGCAGCCAUGGAGAAGUGGAGCCUGAUGACAAUCACGGUGCUGCUGGCGCUCACCGUGCGCUGGGCCGUGUCCCUGGGCUCCUACUCAGGGGCAGGAAAACCACCCAUGUAUGGAGACUACGAGGCUCAGAGGCACUGGCAAGAGAUCACCUACAACUUACCCAUCAGGCAGUGGUACUUCAAUACAAGUGACAACAACCUGCUGUACUGGGGCCUGGAUUACCCACCUCUCACUGCCUAUCACAGUUUUGUGUGUGCCUACGUUGCAAAGUUAAUAAAUCCUGAUUGGGUUGCUCUGCACACAUCUCGGGGCUAUGAGAGCCAGCCCCAUAAGUUAUUUAUGCGUACAACAGUGUUUGUUGCUGAUCUGCUGGUUUAUAUCCCUGCAGUUAUUUUAUAUUGUUUUUCCUUGAAAGAAACAUCUGCUAAAAAAAAGGUUUCCAGUGCGCUCUGCAUCCUGCUUUACCCAGGCCUCAUCCUUAUCGACCAUGGGCACUUCCAAUACAACUCAGUGAGCCUUGGCUUGGCCCUGUGGGCUGUCCUUUGUUUGUCCCAUGACUGGGACCUCCUGGGCUCCGUGGCAUUUUGCUUGGCCUUAAAUUAUAAGCAAAUGGAGCUCUACCAUUCCCUGCCCUUUUUUUGCUAUUUACUUGGAAAGUGCUUCAAGAAGGGACUGAAAGGAAAGGGGCUGGUGCUGUUGGCUAAACUGGCAGGGACAGUGCUGGUGUCCUUCGCUGCCUGCUGGCUCCCGUUCGGCACCGACGUGGAACAAAUCAUGCAAGUACUCAGAAGACUCUUUCCCAUUGACAGAGGCUUGUUCGAGGAUAAAGUAGCCAAUAUUUGGUGCAGUCUAAGUGUCCUUAUAAAGAUAAAGAAUGUAAUAUCCCCUCGAACUCAGCUAAAGCUCAGUUUUGCUGUAACAUUCCUGAGCCUGCUCCCUGCCUGUAUCAAGCUCACUGUCCAGCCUUCCCUGCGAGGGUUUAAAUUUGCCUUGGUCAGCUGUGCCUUGUCAUUUUUCCUGUUCUCCUUUCAAGUCCAUGAAAAAUCUAUUCUUCUCGUGUCCGUCCCAGUCUGCUUAAUCAUAAAUGAAAUCCCUUUCAUGGCCACAUGGUUUCUACUUGUGUCAACUUUCAGCCUGCUGCCGCUGCUGCUGAAGGACGAGCUGCUGCUGCCCUACGCCGUCACCACGCCCGCCUUCCUGGCCGUGUGCCUGGCCUCCUUCUCCAUCCUGGAGAAGACCUCGGCCGAGGACCUACAGCUCAAGGCCUUUUCCCUUUCCCUCAAGGGUUACGUGUCCUGGUUUAAGUCCUUUCCCAGGAUCGUCAGGAGCCUGUUCCUGCUGUCCCUGUCCCUGAUGGCAGUCCUGUCAGUGCUCAGUGCUGCCGUGCCCCCGCCCCAGCGCCUGCCGGAUCUGUUCCCCGUGGCCGUGGCCGUGCUCUCCUGCCUGCACUUCCUGCUCUUCCUGGCGUACUUUAAUGUCGUGAUACUCUGGGACUCCAAGAAUAGAGGGCAGAAGAAAGUCAGUUAAUGGAGCUGGAACUGCGGGCCUGAGAGUGCUGCAGAGGAGCCUGUGGGUGAUGGACACAACUCGAGCAAAGCCAGGAAAAACCUUUUGCUUAUUUAAACACAAAACAAUCCAAGACCGUUUUAAAGGAGAGAUAUUUUGGAGAGCAUUGGGAAUGGGAUUUGAUUUGUUUUCUUUGGAAGUGUUAUACUUUUGUUACCGUUUGUAAACCUAAAAUGCUUAAUAAAGGACCAAAUUUUGAA